GCUCGAAUCAAUAUGACCAGCAAACCUCUCCUCUCCGACCGCGGGCCGACUUACAACUCGACCGCGCCGCCACAGGCGGCGUUCUCCGCAGCGGCGAACUCCGUUCCCGCGGCUCGCAAUGGCGCCAGCGGCAAUGGGGGUGCCGUCGACCUGCUCCCAACACAUAUGGGACGUAAAAGCGGCUGGCUCGCCACGCAGUUGCGCGGGAGCGUCGAUCCGAACAAGUGCGACUUGAUCGGCGUGUACGGCUGCCUGCUCACGGGCUUCACGUCAGCCGUCUCAUUCACCGCAUGUUACGUCUGGCCAGGGUUUCAGACAGGCAACGUCGCGCAGCUCGCCAUUGCCAUGGCGCGCAACUUCGACCCGCCCGCCACACGCACGCGAGGCUUCCAAAAGGGCGACCAGCAGGCGCUCACAGCGCUCGCGACGUUCUGGCUCGGGACGAGCCUGGGCCGCAUCGGCGCCAGGGUCGGCAACACGCGGCGCGCAUGGCUUGUCACCUCGUCCAUCCUGCAGAUGUUGAUGGCCGCGAUUGCCGCCCUGCUAGCCCACUAUUCCGGCGAGAGCCCUUACGCAGCCGACCGCGCGCACCCGUCGUGGGCAUCGCCGAUGGGCAUGGGCGCGCUCGCGUUCCUCUCGGCCAGCCUGGGCUUGCAGGGCAUCGUGGGCAAGCGAAUCGGGAGCGCGAUGAACACGACCGUGGUGCUCACGACGACGUGGGUCGAGAUCUUCAACGACCCGAACCUGUUCAAGCUGCGCGCCGUGCCGAGCCGCGACAUGCGCAUCGCGGGCGUUCUCGCCGUUCUGGUAGGCGCGUUUAGUGCACGUGCGCUCCUCGGCGUCAUCGGGCAGGGCGGGACCGUCGGCGUCCUCUGCGCCCUGCGCGUGCUGCAGGGCAUGUGGUGGGUCGUCGUCCCGUCGCCCUAGCGCUAUCGGGCUAUCGAGCGCUGGUCGCCGCGGGAUGGGGCGCUCGCCGACGAGGAGAUACGCUUGUCCGUCUCACGGCUAUUCAUCCGUCAGGUCGCGUGCGGCGUGACAUGUGGCCAUGAGUAAUCGUACGGCACCCCGCCCAUUUCAUCUGCCCGAAAUCCGCUCUAAAUAGCGGAACGAGGAUGCCUUUCCCUUAUCGAGGCGCUAUUCUGCGCUUGUAUCGCGGCUAUCCUGAUG